AAAAAUAACCAACAUAGUAGGCCCUAAAAAGAGAAUCGGGUCCAUGUCAUAGCUUCUCAAACACAGUCGGAUGAUUACGGCCUAGUUGUGAACACCUAUCCCCCACUGCUCUCGCUUUUAUAACCGUCCGGACAUUUUUGUUUUUUUUUUUUUUUUGGCUUCCCUUGUUCUAAAUUUUAGUGAAAAAAAAAAACGGAAAAAUUAAAAUGGGUUUGCUGCAGUACGUCCGCAGGACUCUAUUGACGGUGCCUCGUUUUCCCGCAGCCUUGACAGCCACCAGGAUGUACGCGCCGGACUACAAGGUGUGGAUGGAGCAGCGGCGUCGACGCCUUGCUGGAGGAAAAGGUCGCCUGCCUCCGCCCGAGUGCCUGGACGAUCCCUGUGGCUGGGAGCCACUGCCCAUGGACUUGGAUCAUUAUACACCAAGUGAUAAGGCUGAGCGCAAAUACCAACGCACCUGGUGCGACUGCUUUCCCUUACCAAGGCCAGCUGUAAAGCGCCUGAAGAAGUACCCAAUACGCAAACGCCGGAAGCUGGUCCGCCCCCCCAAGUGCACCGAAGUGGAGUGCCGCGAGCAGGACAUGAAUCCAGCCCGGACUCGCGGCAAGCCCGAAAAGCUGAUCGAUCUGCCCUGUGGCAGUAACGACGAAUGGCCUUGUUGCAAGCUGGUUGCUCCCGGCUGCAAGCCAGGACGUCGGCCGCCGUCGUGCCUGCCCACCAGAAUACCGCUCUGUUGCAAGAAGCGGCGUUGCCAGUAUCCCAGCUUCUCCGAGUGCAAGAAGGGAGAGCUGCUCGAGCCCAUACAACCGUGCGAGUGCGAAAAGAAGGUGAACCUCUGCGAUGUUUGGGCGUACUGGAGGAAACAAACCGAAAAGUAACACGGAUGCGAGCUGUUGGGGGAAUGGCAUUUGCCUAACUCUUUUACUCCUUUUUGACUCUUCAUGUCCACGAUGGAUUAAGUUAGGACACAAAUUAUUUAAAAGUGACGGCUAGUUUUUUUUUUUUAUCAUCCAAGUAACCCAGUAUUAUGACUAGUUACAUUUUCUGUCAACGAAAAAGACAACGUUAUAAAUCCGAGAAUAAAAUAUAGUCCUCAGUAUUGA